CAAACACAGGAACUUGCGACAUUCUAACUUUUAACACUAUGCAUGAAUCAGAUGUAAAUUCGGUCGUAAAUUGAUUAAAUCAGACAUUUUCCAGGGUAUAAUUCAAACAAAUAUGUUCACCUUUAUUUAUGGCAGCGUAGCAGAGGAAUUAUGGAAAUGUCCCUGGGUUCUGGAUAUGUUCCAAUGCAUCAGUACAACAAUUAUAAAUAAACCAUAUCUACUGAUUUUAUUCUUUCUAAUUAUUCUGGUCAUGUAUUUUUCGUUAUCAACUUAUAAUAGAGUCGUUGACAUGACGGAUAUCGGUUAUGAGGAUGGAAGUAUGAAUGCAAGGGAAUUACAUAGAAAACGAAUGCAGUUAUUAAAAGAAACAAAUAGAUUGCGAAGUGCAAAAGAAUAUCCUCCUGCGUAUCCAAAUGGAUGGAUACCUUUAUUAGAAUCCAGGGAUCUACCUGUUGGGAAGUGCAAGCCUGUUACUGCCCUAGGUCAGCAAUUCGUUAUAUUUCGUGGAAAAACAGGAACAUGUUUUGUUUUAGAUGCUUAUUGCCCUCAUUUGGGAGCUCAUUUAGGAACGGAUGGAAAAGUUCACGAAGAUUGCAUCGAAUGUCCUUUCCACGGAUGGCGAUUUUCUGGACAGGAUGGUUCUUGCGUGAAAAUACCUUACGCCGAAAAAAUUCCAGAAGUUGCAAAAAUAAAAGGUUGGGAAACGAUUGAGCAAAACGGAUUCAUCUACGUGUGGCAUCAUGCAGAAGGACAACCUCCUCUGUGGAAACCUCCAGUUAUACCAGAAAUAGAAAAUCGACUAAUGCUGUUUAGAGGUCGUAGUGAACACAUUGUAAAUUGCCAUAUUCAGGAACUUAUAGAAAAUCCAAUAGAUUUCACUCACAUGAAUUGCCUUCACAAAUUUGGGAUAUCGUCUAAAAUUAUUCUUCAUCCGGAAAAUUGGUGGAAAUUUUUUCAUUCUAUAAUCAAAAUGUUUCGCUCUCCAAUGUUUGAAGAAAGUCUUCACUGUUACGAAUUUAAUGGCAUUGUCAGUUUUAAAUUGUUCGGAAUAUCUGUUGUACAGAUACCAUUUGAAGUUCAACAGAUUGGCCCUGCAAUAAACCAUUUAAAUUUCAAAGGUAUAUCUGGAAAUAGAAAAAUCGUAUAUGCCUGUAUACCGGAAGGACCGUUUCGACAAAGAAUAAUACAGCAUUAUUACUUUCCUUCUCGAUUUACAGCCAUAUUUGAUUAUAUUUUCUUCUUUGCAGAAUAUUGUAUGGUUGAGCGGGACAUUCGUAUAUGGAAUUACAAAAUGCAUUUGAAGAAUCCAGUUUACCUGUCAGAGGAUAAGACAAUUGUGAAAUACAGAAAAUGGUAUUCCCAGUUUUACAGCGAAAACAGCCCGAGGGUUGAAGAACAAAGUCUUAAUUGGUGAUUGGAAGUUAUUUUAUACUUUAUAAAGCUUCUGACCGAAAUUACAUAUAUUUGUUAAACUUCAAUUUUUAUAAUCGAUUUUGAAUUGUAGUUCGUGUUACAGACUUAAAUAUUCAUGCAUUACCAUAAAAUUACUAUUAAAAAGUGA